CCCUGGCAAUUAACAGAACACAGUCAUUGUUACCAGCUUCACCAUCGACAUAGAAUUGGUGAGGGUGUGGUGUGAGAGUAACAGGGCUGGCGAAGGUGGCAUGCUUUCAACGACCAUUGCCACUUGCCAGUUUUUUGUGCCAUCGAAUCUUGAGGUUAAUCGUGCAGGGAACGAUGUAGCUAAACUUUGGCACAGUUGUUGCCGUGACUGCUCUUCUCCGGGAUGAAACCGAAAGGGGACCAGCUGGUGUGGCGGCGCAUAUAGCUUUGGGCUUUGUAAACCUGAAGUCGUAUGCGUCUUUAACGGCAGGUCGUGGCCGCAGCGAAAGGACAAGCAACACAACACUCACAAACACGACAGUUUUACCCUAGGCAGGUCGCGUACAGGACGUCCUGAGGAGGCUGGCGCUGGACUGUAAGGGCCAACAUAGGUGGGUAUUACCUUGCCGGUGCUUGUCAUUCGGUGGGUAGUACUCUGCCAGUACCUGUCUUCGCAAUCGUCCACCCACUAAGUCCUGCUGCGGCCACUGUCACCACACGGGUCGUGUGGCAAGUCGUGUAGCGGACACUAGGUAGGCUUUAGCUAACACUAGGCAGGUUGUAGCUUUUGGAAGUCCCCUUGCGUUUUCAUCGGGAGGAGGGCCCACUUCGGAUUCCGUUGCGCUCCCGGCCAACGUUUCGUGCCGGUUAAUUCUGGUACAAAACGUGGCAUCCGUGGAUGCAAGACGGCGUUAAGUUUUCUCGACUGCUUAAUUGUUGUCGCCUUAACUAAAUGCCAUAGACUUGUAUCAGCAGCCCCAGUGAGUAGUGUCCAUGCCGCGAUGGAUGUACUGGUGAGUUUUUCGUAUUCUAUAACUCUCGGGUCUACGCUUGUUAAGUCUUACUAUAUUGCAGUCCCUGUCCUUCUACGGUUUGGGUUUCAUUUCUAUGGUCACGCUUGCCCUCCGGUUUGUCUUCAAGCCUGGUCUUCAGUGAUCCUGACCUUGGAGAAGACCGUGCAUGGAUCACCCGUAGGCCUCGCAGUUGGGAUUGGUGGCUGCCAUGUUCCUGCGUGGGUCCAUACAAGCCUCAGAGCCAGUGUUCGAGUGCUGUCAAAUAAGUUCAAGUCCUCAACCUGUGCAACCGGCUACUCUCUUCAUCGUUUGCACCAGGAGAGCAGACAUAUGCCCACCCCCAUCGUACUUCCUGCUGGCGCUGAACGGGUCUUCCUGGUUGACAUCCUCUCAACCAACACAGCCUCGCGUGAGAACCUCUUGUACUUCGAGCAAUACACUUUGCAAAGGGGCGGUGACACUUGGACCAUGGACUGCCAAAACCAGGAACCACUGACAAGGAGGCUCACCGCCAGCAAUUCGUCAAGCACCACUGAAAUAACCAUCAUUGCUGCGAGCUCCACUAGCGGCACCAAGUUGGCAGCUCUGCAUCUGGCGCACGCAGUGGACGAUCCCGCAGAUCCUUGUCUUUCAUCCAGUUCUUGCUCCACCAAAGAUGUCUGUGGUUUGGUUGUCCCUCAGCAGACAGUUUCUUCUCCCUGCUGCUGCCCACUGCGUUCUCUUAAUGGACCUUUGCUCGGCGAUCUGCAGUCACUUGCCUUGCCAACCUUUGCACCUGGCACACGCGAGGGACGAUCCCGCAGGUCUCCACGCCUUGCUCCCCGGAAGAUGACGUCGCCACUAGACCAUUCCUCAGCCGACGGUGUUUCUUCUCUUUGCUAGCACCCACAGCGCUCUUCUGGUGGACCUUUGCUGAGUGAUCUGCAAUAACUCGCGCAGCUUGCCAACGUCUGCAUCUGGUGCAUGCAACGGACGAUCUUGCCGGUCCUUUGAGUGCAUCGUCUAGUCUUUGCUUCACGAACUUCCUUGGUAGCGCAUCCUUCAGACGAGUAUUUGAUCUCUCUGCUUGGUGGUCUGCAGUGACUCGGGCAACUUUUCUACCCUCGAUCCCAUUCAGCGGAUGCUAUGUCCGAACCCACAUCGCCUUUCAUGUCCAGCCAGUGCCUGCAGUGGGCAAGAUGAUCCUCCAGUCCUGUCCUGUGGCCAAGGCGUCCCUUGGUCCACGACUCUCCUUCGGGUUCUCACCUCUUGCUCGCCUUCUGUGGAAUGUAUCGUGCACGAAAGCCCAUCGCUGCGGCCUGCCCUUUUCGAUCUUUACUCCAUGUAAGGACUGUUUCGUGUUGCUGUUCAUCAUGGCUCCGCUGUGACCACUAGUGGAUGAAAAGUGGGUGGUGCACUGCUGCUCACCCUGCCCCAGCAAGUCUUAUGCCAGCGAUCUCUGGAUCUGCCCAGAGCUACCAGCUGUUCACGAAAUUCUGUGCAAUGCAUCGGUGCUGGUGAUACAGAGCCUAACAAUGUACAGAGCUGUUUGAAGGAUAAUUCGAUGGUUUUCAGAAUCUACCACUCAAAAAAUAAUGGCAUGCUGUUCAGCCGCUUUAUGGUGCAUCUCAUGUUUUUAGACUGUCAAAUAUAUUGGACCAAUGUUGUCGAUUAAAUUACACAAGUUUAAUGUUUCGUGCAACAUUUCAAUCAUGCUCAUGUUUCACCACCAUAUCAGACUGCAGUGCGAUUGAUUGACCCAUCGGCAUGUGUUUGUUGGCCAUAAUAGAGGCAUCCAUUCAUAUUGUGCCAUGUAGUGGCAUAUUGAUGCUCUUUUGCAUUAAACUGCAUGGAAAGCUGGGUAACUUGGUACGGAUUCAUCUAUCGAUCUGCACGGCAGAGGCUCUUCUGUGUAUGCAUUUACCUGUGUUGCGUAUCUUGGGCGACACGCUCUUCCAUGUCACCUAUUCACAACUCAACUCGGUGGCUCCUUCGGUUCGGUUUUAAGGUUGUUGUGCAGAUGCACUCAACAGGUUCUCAUUUGUCCAAUUAAACGGUUCAGCUGAAGAGUCGCCAAUUGUUACAUGGGGGUGAUCGAGUCUUCACUUCUUUGGAAUCUGUUCGCUUCGGGCAUCCUGGUUGGAGGGCGUCCGGAGCAUUGGUAUAUGGUCUUUGCUAACACUUUAACAUCUUCCUGCUUAUGGUCCACAACUAGUAAGUGCCUGUUACAUCCUUCGAUUUUCCUCCACUGGUAUAUGCGUUCCAACUCGGCAGUUAACUUUGCAUGCUUCGGUCUUGCUUCACCUGUAACAUGUAAAAGCAUCAAUAUGCCAAAAAAGUGCACAAUCUGACUGGAGGGGUACGUGGGGGCGGGCCAUAAUUAUGGCAAAAACAAACACUUGCAGCCUGAUGGGAGUCUGAUUCGACAUGUAUGGCGUGUAAUGCUUACCUUUUUAGUCGGGUGCUGUAGUGUCCUACAAAAGCUUAUAGAAGAAAACGUAUACAGGCGACAAUAAGCACAGUGUGGCAGCAACACGGUGUACUGUACCUUUUGGGUGAAGACUGUUUGGUUCUUGGUGACGUUCUAGAAUGUGGACAUUGUUAAUCAGGGAAUCAUACGUACGUGUUGUUUAGCGCCCUUUGAAUGUUCUUAAGUUGUUUUUUGCCAGAUUAGUUUCCUCCAAGCUAUAAGUGUGCACAAUGUGUUUAUGUAAUAAAGAUAAAUGCAGUGAAUACAUUGUUAGAUCUAUGUUGAUCGCUAUAGUCACAUACAACUUCGAAAGACUGGAGAGGCCCUGCCCAGAUAACCGAACCUCACUGUCAGUCUGGCUCUUGACAUCAAGCCUGGAGUGUGUGCCCAUGGGUGCAGGAUUGUGCGCAUCAGCCUUUGAGUAGGAAAUGCUGCUGACUUCUUAAGUUGUAUCAGUCAGUCUAGUAAGGUGCAAAGUUUUAUUUCAAGACUUUAUUGUGAAACAUCAUUUAAAAUGCUUAGAAGUAUUGAGGCUUGUGUUAAGUUGCUUAUUUGCUGCUCUGCACAUCUGCUGCUGUACAAUGUUCCUUUCUAGUUUUGUUCCACAUUUACCAAGCACUUCUAGGCCUCUACCAUUACUGUAAUCUUUUUCUUCCUUUUGCUAAGACAUAGUGUCUCUACAUGGCUUGUCCGAUUGAGAGUAUGUAUCGGUAUGCCAUAUGUUGUUCAUUCCAGUCCAUAGUACUACCACUUGUCUUCACCCGGUAAUGUGUGAAUUCUCAUGUAGAUACUAUAUUUUUCCUCCACUACAUGUGCAGGUUUCCAAACAGUGUUGUUUGUCAAAGAACUUGUACUGCUGUGUUCGUUCGCAUUCUUUCUGUUCCAAACAUAAAUUUUGUAGUUGCUACAAUUUGUGCAAUUAAAACAUAAAUUGUGUGUUAGUAUCCCUCUUAUUUAGCGCUUGCUGGCACUCAACUAGUCAAGCACUUCUCUGCACAACCGGGCUCGCCAUACCAGUUAAGGUGGUGAAAAGUGUUGCUCUAUAUAAGUGCAAGUCAUUCAUGGACUAGACAUUGGAACUGUAGGUUGCUCAGAUAAAAUGGUACAUUCACAAGACAGA